UUAGCUAAUCCCCAUCGUGAAAAUCUUGAUCAACACUCUACAAUCGCCGCCUCUAAGAAUUCUGCCGCCCUUUAUAUCAACGUCAAGUUAUUCAAUCCCGGCGCAGACUCUGCCAACUAAACCCAAACAGAGGGGGAAGUCCUUACGUCUAAAGCCUUUUUUUUUUUCUUACUUUUCUUCUUUUGCCAACCUAAGCUCCCAUUGCUUUCGAGGUUUGCUUGUCGACAUUGCACAGCUGUCUGCUUGAGUGAUAAAGGCCGAACUCUCCGCUCACUCAUUGCUCUACUACUCUUAUCAACUCUCGCAUCAGCUCAUUACAGUUGUCACUCGAAGCUUGUAAGAAAGUGACUGAAAAAUCUUGAAGAAUUUCUUGUUUGUUGUCUUGCUUAACACUUUUGGCGACUCAAUUUGCGUGUUCAUUGACGGCUUUUACCUUUAAAAAACAAAGAUACUUAAAAGCCAUUUUGCCCCUGCACACUCACUCACUCACUUUACCAACUGCUCUGUUCUCAUGGGGUUCCCUAGAUUCUUCUGCUAUGCUUCUAUUAUUCUUUCAAUUUCAGCUUAUUUGUUUCCAAUUAUGGUUAAUUCAAUUGGGAUCAAUUAUGGACAAAUAGCCAACAAUCUUCCAUCCCCAGAAGACGUAGUGCCACUAGUAAAAUCAAUUGGAGCCACCAAAGUGAAACUCUACGAUGCAGAUCCAGGAGUCCUUAGCGCAUUCGCAAACACCGGCGUCGAAUUCAUCGUAGGUUUAGGCAACGAGUACUUGGACAGGAUGCAAGAUCCGGCUAAAGCAGAAGCUUGGGUCAAGCAAAACGUUCAAGCCCACUUACCCGCUACAAAAAUCACAUGCAUCUUCGUCGGAAACGAGGUUCUCACUUUCAACGACACUACUCUCUCAGACAACCUUCUCCCGGCAAUGCAAAGCGUUCACACUGCGCUGGUUAACCUCGGACUCGACAAACAAGUAACUGUCACGACAGCACAUUCCUUAGCCAUUCUCGAAACCUCUUAUCCGCCUUCAGCUGGAGCGUUCCGUGAAGAUCUGAUAGAUUGUUUAAGCGAAACUUUGAGUUUUCAUCAAAAAACUGGGUCUCCUUUUUUGAUUAAUGCGUAUCCGUACUUUGCUUAUAAGGGAAACCCCAAGCAAGUUUCGUUAGAUUUUGUUCUUUUUCAGCCUAACCAGGGAGUUAUCGAUCAAGCGACGAAUUUACAUUACGACAACAUGUUAUACGCUCAAAUCGACGCCGUUUAUUCUGCUUUAGCUUCGUUAGGUUACAAGAAGCUGGCCGUUCAUAUAUCGGAAACUGGGUGGCCUUCAAAGGGAGAUGAAGAUGAGGCUGGAGCCACACCCGAUAAUGCCAAGAAAUAUAAUGGGAAUUUGAUUAAAUUGAUGUCGAAGAAAACAGGGACCCCACUGAGGCCGAAUUCGGAUCUUAAUAUUUAUGUUUUUGCCUUGUUUAAUGAGAAUAUGAAACCAGGUCCCACUUCAGAGAGGAAUUAUGGGUUGUUUAAGCCUGAUGGAACGCCGGUGUAUCCUCUCGGGAUUAGUACGAACGACGUAGUUGGGAGUAAUACAACCGCCGGUGGAAGCAUUGGGAAUGCCGUGACGCAACCGUCUUCUCCGACCAGUUCUUCCACAGGCUAUUUGUCUAUUUCUUCCGCAACGCAGGAAAGAUAUCAAUUCAUCGGGCAUGUACUGCUGCCGGCCUCAUUCUUAUUGAUUAAAACGUUGGUGUAGAGACGAAUUCAAAGCUCUUUUUUUUUAUCAAGAUUUAGAGAAAAUUUUUUCUUUUUUUUUUUUUUUUAUUAAAAAGGGCAAUGGAGAGGGUGAUAUAAAGAGAAUAAGGGGCAGCUUCGUUGUUAGGGAAAGGUAAAUUCUGUUUCUUUGCUUGUACGCUAACAUUGUGUCAGGGGGAACACCAUCAACUUUACCUUGACUGCCAUCCCACCCAAAAAAAAACAAUGGAAGGGCAUGUAAAUAGAUAUCCAACGAGCCCUAGUCUGUCAACUUUUUAAUUUAGGGUUGAUAGAGGCAACCGGGGCAAUGGUGGGUGGUGGUGGCGUAAGCUCUGACUGGGAAAUUGAACAUGAUUCGGGUUGCUUUUGAUCUUUUUAGCUGGCACUCAAGUGUGAUCUUUUUCACUUUUUGGUGUUAUUUUUGCAGGGUGUUAGGUUGUUGAUUGAGAGAGUUUGGUAGAGGGAGGGGACCGCAGCUUAGACUAAGUUUAAAUGAUGAUUAUUAAUUUGCUACAUUAUUGUUUUUUGUUAUCUCCCUUCUUGUUGUAGUGAACAAUUAUGAAAUUUUUUAUUUUA